UUUAAUUUUUGGAGCAGCAAAAGUAAAUAUAUUUUUUAUGCUUUUGUAACGAGAAUAAUAUUCCACGUAAAUUUACGUCUGUUAAAGUCAAAACUUUUUACAUUUGCAUUCAAUACUUUCGAUCAAAAUGGUACCGGUCAUCUUUAACAAAACUCUUACGUACUUGCCCACCACAUGGAUGGGCAAGCUUAUCUUAAGGGCCUCGAAGUUUAUGGUGCGCUCCUCAAUGGAGGCGCCUGUUGCGCACAAAGUGGAGGAGAUCAAGCCUAUGCAGAUGCCUACGAGCGUCAGCCUGAUUAUGCUGCUGCUCGGACUUGGCCUAAUUGUUUAUGCAGUGCGUCUUGUCCAGCAACACUUGGCGCGCGUUAAGAAGCAGCAGCAGCAGCUACAGCUGGAAGAGUUGAUAAAGGAGUUGAACGAUGGCGACGACGGCAAUACAAAUGCCAGUGAUAUUGAUGACAGUCUGGAUGAGCUGCAGCAUAAGCUGCCCUCGCCCAGCUACAUUGUCGAGGGACCAAAAGGAUUCAAGCCGCCAGGCUCGCCGAAUUAUAUGAGAUCAAGAUGUGACCAUCUCACCGGCUCACCGAAUUUCAUCAGGGCAAACAUGGACGCCAUAAGCAAAAUUCCAAAGCGCGCAAGUAAAGAGAGAAAGUCACUUCGACUGGGAUGCGAUUAGUUAGCGAUUUUAAAUGCGCGGUAAUAUUCGGACCGAUUAAAUAAAGAAAUUUAUGUUUUUAUUGCAGCAACCAACCAAAUUAUGUAUAUAGAUUGACU